AUGCUGCGUAAUUUACAUUGCACCAGGCUGUAGGCCCCAGGCAAGCUCCAAAUUCUCUCAGCAGCACGCCUCAAUAAAUCACUGCACUGCCUUGGGACAGACGGAGCCCGCGUUGACCAUGCCACGACGGAGAUGCACCGCGUUGGCGUGGUGGAGCCUGACGCUGGCAAGCCGCGGCGCGGCGCUCGUCGCGCCGCCCGCGCGCUGCCGCCGACGAACGACGCCGAUGAGGCAACCGUUGCGGCGACCCGCCGUCCUUGACCCAAAUGUGAUAGCGCCCACCCUGACGACGGCCUACGACUUCGAGGGCUUCCAGGGCAGCUACGCCUCGUUAUACGCCACGCUCGGAUUGUACGUCCUGUCCUUCUCGGGUUUGUGGUCGACGAUCAAGCGCGCGACGAAAGUAGCUCUAGUGCAGAACACGUACGAGUUUCCCGGCGAGAACGCGCCGGGCGGCGGCCGGCCGAUGCGGGAAAUAGCGGGCGACGUCAUGGCCUACAUGCAGGCGAACAACUAUGAAGUGGCCGACGCCGGCGAGACGAUCACGUUUCGCGGCAAGAUCGCGGCCUCGAAGUCGCAGGCGUUCUUCCUGUCGUUCGUGACGCUCGUCUGUCUUGGAAGUCUCGCCUUGGUGCUGCAGAUCCAGUUCCCGGCGGUCGGCAACUACUGGUUCGGUUUAUGUUUGCUUGGACCGUAUGCAGGAGUCUUCUACUGGGGCAGUGCCCAAGAAAACGAAGAUAGGGAGUUCAAAGUAAAACUCACAGCGAACGACGAAGAAACCGAAACGCUCAUGGUCUUAAGGGGCGGCAAAGAGGAUGUAGAAAGGAUGGAGCGCGAGAUGGCGCUGCAGCAGCAAGGGAUGGUUCGCGUCAAGGGCGUCUUCGAGGACAUGCUCGCCUAGUUCUAGUGGGGGGGCUCUCGUCGCGUAAGGGGCUUCUUACUAUG